GUCCAGAUGUCUAGUUACUAAGACACGGAAAUCGGCAGCCACCUUCGCGUUGGUGAUUGUGUUCCGUGAUGGUUCUCUCUCUGCUGUACUUCACCCUCUUCACAGGUGCAGCGGCACUCAGCGUCCUGCAGGACCCUCCAUCUCUUGUCCUGCGGGAGGGUCAGACGGCCCUGAUGUUCUGUACCUUAGGAGGGCCGCAGAGAAACUGGGAUUCAGUAUAUUUUUACUGGAAAGUGAAUUCCACCGGAAUCCAUAACAGCUCCAGAGUGACCAUCACCUCCGGCCCUCGCUCCCUGUCCAGCUCUCUCCGCAUCUCCCCGGUCACAGCCAGGGACAGCGGGCUGUAUGAGUGUGAAAUAUGGACUCUGCAAAAUCACUUUCAAGAGAGCCGUACAGGGAACGGAACCCGACUCCUGGUGGGAGUGACCCCGGUAAUCCCAGUAAUAACCCUGACGAUGGAUAAAGAGAAGCAGCUCCUGAUCUGUGAGGCUCAGAGGUUUUACCCCCCGGAGCUGAACAUUUUCUGGAGUUUCUCCAACCUGGAAAAUCAGACGCAGGACACUCUGGUGGAGAACGCGGACGGCACCUACACCAAGAGGUCCACGGUGGGGAUAGCAGAUAUAAUGCGGGAGCGAGAGGUGACCUGCAGCCUGCAGCACAUCUCACUGACCGCUCCGCUCAAUGACACCCUGUAUGUGUCCGGUGAGUCCGGAGAAGAGUUAAUAAAAGUGAAACCCGUGAAUUAG